AGGGGCGGAGAGAAGGAGGAGGCGGGGCCAGGGACUGGCCCGGGAAGUUAGGAAGCCAGCUGAGUUAAGGGACCACCGCGCAUCCCCCUCCCCUUCUCGACGGAUUUUUGGACCUCCUUUUCCCACCCCAAAAAAAAUUCUCCAAGAAACGGCAGCUCUGAAAACGCGGAAGGAGGCUGGGUCGGCAAGAUCGCUGCCCACCCCCCGGACAUGGAAAGGAGUUUCCAGACCUGGCUGUACAGCAGCUGCCUCUUAAUUUCAGUGCUAGGAAUUCUUCCCAAGCCCCGGAACGUAAGAAUGAAUUCAGUUAAUUUGAAGAACAUUCUGCAGUGGGACCCACCUGCUUUCUAUCAAGGAAAUGUGACUUACAGAGCCCAGUAUGAGAGUUAUAGGUCAUUUGAAGAUGUGUGUACAAAUAUUAUCAUCACUGAAUGUAAUUUCUCAAAUAUUUCCAAGUAUGGUGAGUCCAAGAUGCGUGUCAGGACUGAAUCUGUAGAUGAACAGUCAGAGUGGGUAAACAUCACCUUUUGUCCUUUGGAAGACACCAUCAUUGGACCUCCUGGAAUACAAGUAGAACCAUUGGCUGGUUCUUUACACUUAUAUUUCUCAUAUCCAAAGAUUGAAAAUGAACCUAAUAUAUGGACAUUAAGGGAUUAUUAUUACUCAUGGACUUACAGAGUGAUUUAUUGGAAAAAUGGCACCAGUCAUAAGUUUGAAAAAAAUGCUCCCUAUGACUCUGAAGUCCUUACUGAUCUGGAUCCAUGGACGGUUUAUUGUAUUCAAGCUCAAGGGUUUAUAACUAGUAAGAACAAAAGUGGAGAAUGGAGUCAGCCAAUCUGUGUCCAAACUACUGACAAUGAGUCACCUCCAUACUGGAUUACUAUUAUUGUUCUUAUUGUAUCCAUGAUAGUGGUUUUACUGACGGCGCUUGGUUGUUUUUCUCUACUGUGGUAUUUCUACAGAAAAGCAAAGUGUAUAUUCUUUCCUGGGUAUUCUUUUCCUCAGCCUCUGAAAGAGUAUUUGGAACAGCAUCCCUACAGAAUUUCAUUUCUCUCACCAGUACCUUCCAGUGAGAGUGAAUCCUUUGAUAAAUUAAGUAUCAUAAAAUUAUCUGAAAACACUGAGCAUGAUACAACGGGUCCAUGUAACUAUUCAAAAGAAGAAUUGCAACAAUCCCUACUUUCUGGAGAAAAAAACAGCUAGAUGGUCACAGCAAUCAGAAUGUUUGUCACAUCUCAUCCAAAGGAAGACAAGAGAGUGAAAUACAGAGUUGGGCCAUCAGAUCAAACUCUGACUCCAGAAUUUUCUGUAGCUGAAUUGGUUUUAAUUUGAAAUGAUGUUUUGGCAGAAAAUCCUGCAUUAUGGUCAUUUCCCACCCAGUAGGUUAUUAAUAGAAAACAAAAAGGACAGUUUUGAGAUUUCUUUUUUGCCAGCAUACUUUUUAAUCUAUAUGGUGCUCACCAAAUAAGUAACUAAGUAAAAAUCUGAAGGACUGAAUGCAAUCAAGAGUCUCUGAAACCCUAACUAAAACUAUGCUAUUCUACAGGGAAAAAAUCCUCAAUGCAAUAAAAUCCAAAUUAUGUUGUACAAAAUGCUAAGUUGUUUUCCAAGCAAGUUUUUACUAGGUUUAUUUUUAUUUUUGAUCUUCUUAUAAUAUGAAUAGUGUUUUGUUAAUUUAUAUUUUUCUACUUAAUUCAACGUGUGAGUGAUAAAAUGUGUGUAAUUUUUAUAAGAGUAAAUAAUUUAAUUGUUACUUACAUUGCCUACCUCUCUCGGGUUUGUUUUGAAAAACCAGUGAGAAACUGUUGUGUGUGAUUAUUAUAGAAUGAAAAAAGUUGAGCUACUGUUAAACACCAGUUUAUAAUAUUUUUCAAUGUAUUUGAUUUUGACUCAAAGAGAAAAUUAUGGGAAAGUUAGGAAGAAAAGUUUUAAUUGCAUUUCUGAUUUUCUUUGUAAUCUUAGGAAAAUGCCCUUCUUUGACUUUGCUCACCCUGUUCCCUAUUCUUUUUUUUUAAUUAAUUUAUUUAGAACAUUAUUCCUUGGUUACAAUAAUCACAUUAUUUCCCUCCCUCCCUCCCCUCCACCCCCCCUUCCCGCAGCCAACACGCAAUUCCACUGGGUAUUCCUUGUGUCCUUGAUCAGAACCUAUUUCUAUGUUAUUGAUGUUUGCACUAGGAUGAUCAUUUAGAGUCUACAUCCCCAAUCAUAUCCCCCUCCACCCAUGUAUUUAAGCAGUUGUUUUUCUUCUGUGUUUCUACUCCCACAGUUUUUCCUCUGAAUGUGGAUAGUGGUUUUUCUAGUAGAUUCCUCCACCUGUUCCCUAUUCUUGAGAUUACCUCCUUCCCCUAAUUAAAAAUCCUUGCUUAUUUGAAAAUGCUUCUCCUUCCAAGCUUAAAUACUGCCCAAUUUCAUGAAGUUUUCAUAGAUGCCAGAUCCCUAUCAAAUCUCUUCCUCUGAAAUGUCAUAACAAUUUGUUAAUAUCCCUCAUGCACCUCUUCUCUGUUUUGUGUUAUAUUUAUUUGUGUGGAGGUCAUCUUUAUAGUGUCUGGCACAUAGUAGGUAUCCUAUAAAUCUUUAUGGAAUGUUGUGUUAAAAAAAAUCUUUCAGGUCUUCCCCUCCCUCCCACCCCCCAUUAAAUGAAGCAAACUCAGAAAGUGACAGUUAAAAGGAGUUUAUUCUGUGUAAAGGGACCCCCUUCCUCCCAGGGGUCAUGAACUUUCUGCUCAUCCAAACCAGCCCAUUAGCUUGGCUGGAUACUCCAAACAGAGACUUUUGAUUGGUUCCUGAGAUGUGAUAGAUCAGUGCAGAGGGAAAGGAAGUGAUGUGCAGAAAGAAGACUAUAAAAAAUGAAAAGGUAGAGAAGAGGAAGUACUUCUCUGAAGGUCUUUGGCUGGUGAGCUUUCUGUGAUUUGAAAUUGGUGGCUAGGGUGGAAGAUACUCUUGUGGGCUGGUAAUAUUAGGGUGGUAGGAGAAAAUAUUUUUCUAUUUCUUUCCCUCCGUUAUUUCUUUCUUAGAUUAUAUUCACAUUAAAAUUAAAUUGUUGAAAGUUA